GGGCAUUGUCGGAUUAAAGCAAUUUACAGAAAUCUCGCCGGCGACGGAAAAUCAUUCUCCUCUCCAACGACUCUGCCUUUUCUCCGGCUCUGCAAGUGUGAGUUAGAACAAUGGAAGCGAAGCCGUCGUCCAAUCUCUCCUCAAAGUUUGUCGAUCAAGUAGUUGUCCCAGGAGAUGUGAUAUUGGACCUCUCAAGUAUGGCCAAUCAAACUAUCAAGCUUGGAGGCGGCCUUCGUCAGGAUGGUGAUUCCAUUUCUGUAAUGAAAGCUGGGACGUUGAGAUUUACGAAGCCAAACAAAUACUGGGUUGAGAGCUCCCAUAAGAGGUAUGUACCUUGUGCUGGGGAUAAUGUUCUUGGAGUGGUGGUGGAUACUAAACCAGAAAACUUCCUUGUGGACAUUAGAGGACCUGCAUUGGCAUUUCUACCUGUUCUGGCAUUUGAAGGAGGAACUAGGAGGAACAUACCAAAGUUUGAGGUGGGCACUUUGUUAUAUGUUCGUGUGGUCAAUGCAAAUACCGGCAUGAACCCUGAGUUAUCUUGCAUGGAUGCCAGUGGCAAAGCAGCAGAGUACGGCGUACUUAAAGAGGGCUAUAUGUUUGAAUCAUCCACCGGACUCUCUAGAAUGCUGCUGAGUUCUCCACCUUAUCCAGUUCUUGAAGCCCUUGGGAAGAAACUCUCCUUUGAGAUAGCUGUUGGCAUAAACGGCUGUUUUUGGGUGAAUGCAUCACAAUCAUCAACAGUAAUCCUUGUUGGAAAUGCCAUACAGAAAUCAGAAUCACUCAGCAUGGUACAACAGAAGAUUUACUUAGAGAAAUUGCUUAAGAGCAUUCAGUGAUCAAGUAAGCUUAAUUUGUCAUGUUACCAUAAUUUUAUAUAUCCUGAAUAACAACACAUCAAGAUCUAAUGCAAUUAAUUAUAUAUCUCCUUUUUUGUUCUUU